GCCGAGGAGAGUAACCAAAGGGGUUGAGGCAGCUGUGGACCGGGGUGGCCGCGGCCCUGGCACGGCGGCGGCCCGGAGGGCGGGAGCCCGGGGGCCUGGAGGAAGAGGAAGGGGCGCGGCGCAGCCGCCGUCGCCGCGGGGAAAGCCUGGAGGAGCAGCAGCAGCCGCUGGGGCGGGCGGCAGAGAGCUCUAGGGGAAGAUGUUGUCUCUUCUGACAUCUUGCGAUUGAGAUCCCUGAGAACAGGUUAAGUGAGAAUCCAAGUUCCUAAGGAAGACACGCACGAAUGUAUUGAAACAAGAGGCUGUAAACCUUAUUUCUUUUCCUGUUGUCUCUACUGCUUAAGAAACAAUAAUCUGAGGCGCUUCGCAGACACUUGUCCAGAUGCAUGAAGCCUGCAAAGCUUGCUGUCCAAACUGACCCUUUCUUAGUAAGUGAUACUUACCCACGGUUGUGGUGUGUGUGUAGUACUCUGAAGAAAAAUCACCUUCUCUAACACAAUCCCCAGAAGGAACAUUUUAUUACGGACUGCUUUUUCUGGAUGUAUAUCCAGAGAGAUUAAUGCUUGGAGUUGAAAGGCAUGUAGCGUACACUGAAAAGUUGGCUUUGCCUCAGUUUUGCCAGAUGUAUUGUCUCCCCUGCCUACUGGGAGCACACACAACUGCAUAAACUGCAGAUGCAGCCAUGGAGCUGCGUGGACUUCUGAGCCGUAUGAGAAGUAUUGUUGAGCGCUGGUAUCAGACACCACUUCAUGAUGUCAGCUGAACUGUGAUUGUGUUAUGCUGAUGGUAAUAAAGCACACAAAUGGAGUGACACCCUUCCUGGGGAGAGGCUGUUAAGUUUUAAGAGGCAGGUUAACUGAUUACCACAACCUCUGUCAAGUUCCAUGCAGAAGAUCUUUCAGCGCAAGAUGACUGCGUAUCUCCCCACCCUGAGAUGCUGAAAGUGUUACUGCUGCUUAUGACAAAUCCAAAAGAAGAAGCUUUAUAAAAUGGCUCAAACCAGCUUGCUGCAAGGAAAGCAGUUUUACUGUAGGGAGUGGGUUUUCCACAAGCUUCAGCACUGCCUCCAGGAGAAAGCUAACUGCAGCAAUAGUGCUGCCAACAAACCAUCUCUUGUAGUGAAUUCUGGGAAUAAUACUGGUGUUCUCUCUGGAAAAGGAGCUGCCUGGGGUGUAUUGUUGGUAGGAGGGCCUGGCAGUGGGAAGACAGCCCUCUGUACCGAGUUACUAUGGCCAAGCUCACCUGCAAACCUACAAAGAGGCUUACAUCGUCAGGCUCUAGCCUUCCAUUUCUGCAGGGCCCAAGACUCUGACACGCUGUGUGUUGGAGGGUUCAUCAGAGGUUUAGUUGCACAGAUCUGCCACAGUGGACUGAUCCAGGGAUAUGAGGACAAACUAAGAGAUCCUGCUAUUCAAAGUCUCUUGCAACCUGGGGAGUGUGAGAGGAACCCUGCUGAAGCAUUUAAAAGGUGCAUUCUGCUCCCUCUCCUGGGGAUGAAGCCCCCUCAGCAGAGCCUCUUCCUGCUGGUAGAUUCCGUUGAUGAGGGCUGUAAUGUUUCUGAGGGUGAACAGACUUCUACAAGUUUAUCUGGAACAAUAGCAGAGCUUUUAGCUGGCCACUUUGAGUUCUUCCCUCCCUGGCUGCUCCUCCUGUGUUCCGCCCGCAAGCAGAGCAAGGCUGUUACAAAGAUGUUUACAGGUUUUCGAAAAAUAAGUCUGGAUGAUCUCCGCAAGGCUUACAUAGUGAAAGACGUGCAGCAAUACAUCCUUCAUCGUUUAGACCAGGAAGAGGCACUGAGGCAACAUCUCACAAAGGAAACUGCAGAAAUGCUGAAUCAGCUUCACAUCAAAAGCAGUGGCUGCUUUUUGUAUCUGGAACGUGUCCUCGAUGGAGUAGUGGAGAAUUUUAUUAUGUUACGAGAGAUCCGUGAUAUUCCGGGCACGUUAAAUGGCCUCUACCUUUGGCUCUGCCAGAGACUUUUUGUGAGAAAACAAUUUGCAAAAGUCCAGCCUAUUCUCAAUGUCAUCCUUGCAGCCUGCAGGCCAUUAACCACCACAGAAUUGUAUCAUGCAGUGUGGACCAAAAAUAUGACGCUGACGAUGGAAGACUUUCAGCGCAAAUUGGAUGUCCUGUCGAAAGUCCUUAUUGAUGGGCUUGGAAAUACAAAAAUCUUGUUCCACUACAGCUUUGCAGAGUGGUUGCUGGAUGUGAAGCAUUGUACACAGAAAUACUUGUGUAAUGCAGCAGAGGGACACAGGAUGCUGGCCAUGAGUUACACCUGCCGAGCAAAGGAUUUAACACCCUUAGAAGCUCAAGAGUUUGCCUUGCACCUAAUUAAUUCAAAUUUACAGUUAGAGACUUCCGAGCUGGCGCUGUGGAUGAUCUGGAACGGCACACCUGUCAAAGACUCCCUGUCAACCUUAAUACCUAAAGAGCAAGAAGUAUUGCAGCUGCUGGUCAAAGCUGGUGCUCAUGUCAACAGUGAAGAUGACCGCACGUCUUGCAUCGUUCGGCAGGCUCUGGAGAGAGAAGAUUCCAUUCGCACCUUGUUGGACAAUGGAGCGUCGGUGAACCAGUACGACUCCAACGGGAGAACGCUGCUGGCCAAUGCAGCCUACAGCGGCAAUCUCGAUGUGGUUAACUUACUGGUCUCCAGGGGAGCGGAUCUAGAGAUAGAAGACACUCAUGGGCAAACAGCACUUACCUUAGCUGCUCGGCAGGGACAUACCAAGGUUGUCAAUUGCUUGAUCGGCUGUGGGGCAAAUGUUAAUCACACCGACCACGAUGGCUGGACGGCGCUGCGAUCUGCAGCGUGGGGUGGGCACACUGAGGUGGUCUCUGCUCUGCUUUACGCUGGAGUCAAAGUGGACUGCGCAGAUGCCGACAGUCGGACGGCACUGAGAGCAGCAGCCUGGGGAGGGCACGAAGAUAUUGUGCUGAAUCUGCUUCAACACGGUGCUGAAGUUAAUAAAGCUGAUAAUGAAGGCAGAACGGCUUUGAUUGCGGCCGCAUACAUGGGGCAUAAAGAGAUCGUGGAGCACCUCCUAGAUCACGGUGCGGAGGUAAACCACGAGGAUGUGGAUGGAAGGACUGCGCUGUCUGUCGCCGCACUUUGUGUACCAGCCAGUAAGGGACAUGCCUCAGUGGUUAGUCUUCUAAUCGACCGUGGUGCUGAAGUUGACCAUUGUGAUAAAGAUGGCAUGACUCCACUGCUGGUAGCUGCUUAUGAAGGACAUGUAGAUGUUGUUGAUCUGCUUCUAGAAGGAGGAGCUGAUGUUGAUCACACAGACAACAAUGGCCGUACACCGCUUCUAGCAGCAGCCUCCAUGGGCCAUGCUUCAGUUGUAAAUACUCUUUUAUUUUGGGGUGCAGCUGUUGACAGCAUUGAUAGUGAGGGGAGAACAGUCCUGAGCAUAGCUUCUGCACAGGGCAAUGUUGAGGUAGUACGGACUCUGCUGGACAGGGGGUUAGAUGAAAAUCAUAGAGAUGAUGCAGGCUGGACACCUUUGCAUAUGGCAGCUUUUGAAGGUCACAGGUUGAUCUGUGAAGCUCUUAUAGAACAAGGUGCUAGAACAAAUGAGAUCGAUAACGACGGACGUAUACCUUUCAUAUUGGCCGCACAAGAAGGUCACUAUGAUUGUGUGCAGAUAUUACUGGAAAAUAAAUCCAACAUUGACCAGAGAGGCUAUGAUGGGAGAAACGCUCUCCGGGUUGCUGCUUUAGAAGGUCACAGAGAUAUAGUUGAACUACUGCUCAGCCACGGGGCAGAUGUGAACUACAAAGACGCCGACGGGCGGCCCACACUUUACAUCUUGGCAUUAGAAAACCAGCUCACAAUGGCUGAGUAUUUUUUAGAAAAUGGUGCAAACGUAGAAGCAAGUGAUGCUGAAGGAAGAACAGCACUCCAUGUUUCCUGCUGGCAGGGCCAUUUGGAGAUGGUACAGGUGCUGAUAACGUACCAUGCCGAUGUGAACGCUGCUGAUAAUGAGAAGAGAUCUGCUCUGCAGUCUGCUGCAUGGCAAGGUCAUGUCAAAGUAGUGCAGCUUCUCAUUGAGCAUGGAGCUCUGGUUGACCACACAUGUAAUCAAGGUGCUACUGGACUCUGCAUUGCAGCCCAAGAAGGGCACAUUGACGUCGUCCAAAUAUUACUAGAGCAUGGUGCUGAUCCAAAUCAUGCCGACCAGUUUGGGCGCACCGCUAUGCGUGUUGCAGCCAAAAACGGGCACUCUCAGAUUAUUAAAUUGCUGGAGAAAUAUGGUGCGUCUACUCUGAACGGUUGCACUCCGUCUCCAGUCCACACAAUGGAGCAAAAACCCUUACAGUCAGUCUCCUCCAAAAUGCAGUCGCUGACAAUGAAGUCCAAUAGUUCAGGGAGUACUGGUGGGGAUAUGCAACCUAGUAUGCGUGGCUUAUCUAACGGCCCUGCUCAUGCCUUCAGUUCUCCCUCGGAGUCUCCUGAUUCCACAGUUGACCGUCAGAAAUCGUCUUUGUCAAACAAUUCCCUGAAAAGUUCCAAAAAUUCCUCUCUCCGCACCACGUCAUCGACUGCCACCGCUCAGACGGUGCCCAUUGAUAGCUUCCACAGCCUGUCGUUUACCGAGCAAAUCCAGCAGCACUCCCUGCCACGUAGCAGAAGUAGGCAGUCCAUCGUUUCUCCUUCCUCCACGACUCAUUCCCUAAGUCAAAAUCAUAAUUCACCAAGCAGUGAAUUUGAAUGGAGCCAAGUGAAACCUAGUUUGAAAUCAACUAAAGCUGGGAAAGCGGGGAAAGCGGACAGCUCCAGCAAAUCCGGGUCAGCUGGGAAAAAAAUCAAACAAUGUAGUUCCUCCCAACCAAAAGUGUUAGAGUAUGAGAUGACUCAGUUUGAUAAACGAGUACCUAAUGCCAAAUCUGGGACAGGCAUGCCACUGAAAUCGAUGCCCACGGAGCCACAGUGCAAAAUCCUGGUCCCGCCAGCUCAGCAAGAAGUCGGUCGAUCUCAGCAGCAGUUUCUGAUCCACCAACAGGGUGGAGAACAGAAGAAAAGAAAUGGAAUUAUGACAAAUCCGAAUUACCAUCUUCAGAGCAAUCAGGUUUUUCUCGGUAGAGUUUCCGUCCCACGCACAGUGCAGGACAGAGGGCAUCAGGAGGUUCUGGAAGGUUAUCCUCCUGCAGAGACAGAACUCAGCCUUAAGCAAGCCUUAAAACUACAGAUUGAAGGUAGUGACCCAAGUUUCAACUACAAGAAGGAAACACCAUUAUAAAAGGCCAAUUCUGUGAUGCUAUGACCAGAAGCUCUUCUGUUCUGAAUGAUUCAUCAGCUGGCUGGGAUGGAAGCAAACGAUGCUUGUUUAGUCCACCUAGAAAUUCAAGAAUGUGAUUACCACAGUACAGUUACCUUAAUUACUGUAACGUGCCUACAUUUUUCAGGCUGCCUUCUCAGUAUAACCCUCUGUGCUUCAAAAAAGAAUUUGUUUUUUUUUUUUGGUGUACUUUGUAUUUAAUACACAGAAUGAGCACUUUUGUUUUUUUAACUGCAGGAAGAUACAUGCUGUAUUUCCCUGACAACAGCCGAAACUGGGAAGAACGAGGAAUUCUGACAUGGUGUUCCAGAACGCUUGGUAGAGGUGCAUGUGCCACAGUGAACUGUUUCUGGAGAGGCAGUGCUUUUUUUUUUUUUUUUUUUUUUU